GCUCAUGGGAGCUUAGAAGACCCCAAAAGUGUCACCCACCACAAGCUAAUCCACGCUGCAUCAGAGAGGGUGCUGAGUGACGCCAAGACCAUCUUGGAGGAGAACAUCCAGGACCACGAUGUCUUGUUGUUAAUAAAAAAGCGUGCUCCGUCUCCACUUCCUAAGAUGGCUGACGUCUCUGCAGAAGAAAAGAAAAAGCAAGACCAGAAAGCCCCAGACAAAGACGCAAUCGUCCGAGCCACCGCCAGCCUGCCCUCCUGCAACAUGGACCGGGCCGUGGUCCAGACCAGCAUGAGAGACUUUCAGACGGAGCUCCGGAAGAUCCUGCUGUCCCUCAUUGAGGUGGCACAGAAGCUGCUAGCCCUGAGCCCUGGCGCGGUGGAAUUGUUUACAAAGGCCAACGCGAUGCUGGACGAGGACGGGGAGGAGCGCGUGGACGAGGCGGCGCUGAGGCAGCUCACGGAGAUGGGCUUCCCCGAAGGCAGGGCGGCCAAGGCGCUGCGGCUGAGCCACAUGUCAGUACCUCAGGCCAUGGAGUGGCUGAUUGAGCAUGCGGACGACCCCACCAUAGACACACCUCUUCCAGGCCAAGCCUCGCCAGGCCCAGCGGGGGCUGAAGCUCCAGCUGAGGCCGCUGCCGCUUCCAGCGAAGAUGAGGAGCCCAGAGAUGAGCUCACCGGGAUCUUCAAGAGGAUCCGCAGGAAAAGGGCAUUUCGGGCUGAUGCUCGGGCCGUCAUUUCCCUGAUGGAGAUGGGGUUCGACGAGAAGGAGGUUAUAGAUGCCCUGAGAGUGAGCGACAACCAGCAGAGUGCUGCUUGUGAGUGGCUGCUGGGGGACCGGAAGCCCUCCCCUGAGGAGCUGGACAAGGGUAUCGACCCCAACAGCCCUCUCUUUCAAGCCAUCCUGGAUAACCCCGUCGUGCAGCUGGGCCUCACCAACCCCAAAACACUACUUGCAUUUGAAGACAUGCUUGAGAACCCACUGAACAGCACCCAGUGGAUGAACGACCCAGAGACGGGCCCGGUCAUGCUGCAGAUCUCCAGAAUCUUCCAGACCAUGAACCGCACGUAGGCCGCACCUGCACUCUCCACUACCCCAGUGGGCCACUGGGAGGGGGCAGUCCCCGAUGGGCCCUCUUAAUUCUCAGCCAGUUGUGGAGACAGUGUGAAGACCCCCUGGCUCCGCUGGGCUGAGGAGGGGACAGGGCCCAGGGCUGGAGGGGAUCCUGUCUGGACCCCAUCCCAAGCCUGGCCUGGUGUCCCGCUUCAUCUUACCACUUAGACUUCUGUGCCUCUGUGUGCCCGGCGCAGCCCAGCCUCCGACAGUGUUUACAGCAGGCAGUUGUGCAGGAGGGUUGCCUCCCAGGGGUCCCUGUGGGCUAUUAAAAUGCUACUUGUAUGGACCCAAUGGCACUGCUCAAAGUCACCUGCUAUUGGGACGGUGGCACGUUCCAGUCCUCAGUAUUAAACUCAAGCACACAGUCAAGUAGAGGAUUCACCGGUGACUUUUUUCCGUGAAUAAACCCCUUUCCUGUCUUC